CCCAACCCCGGCUCUGCCCCCACUUUCCACCCGCCGCCACCGCUGCUGGAGGGAAGUGAAAAUGAAAUCGACUUUUCUGAGAAAUGAUGAAAGCGGCGGCGCCUGCCAAUGAACGGCUGCGGCAAACUUCCGCACCUCUCUCUGCUGCCAGCCCCUGCCUCCCCCUUCGCUCGCUCUCUCGCUCUCUCGCCCGCCUGCUGCACAAACAGGCCUGGAAGAGGCGGGGGGGAUUUCCAAGAUUCAGCGCCUCGCGGUUUCCUUUUCCUUGUUUUGCUUUCGAUCUGGACUCAUCGCCGCCAAGAAGCAGAGGAGGGGAAUAACUUUUAGUUUUGCUCCUGCGGAUUUAUUCAGCCGCCUGGUUUUCCUUUCCAUUUUGCGUCUCUUGGCAACCGUGGUAACCUUGAGGGAUUACAUUAACAUACCCUGAAACAAACUUAUUGGUCAAAAUGCCAGUGGAGAGGAUGAGGAUGCGGCCAUGGCUAGAGGAACAAAUAAACUCAAACAAAAUCCCAGGUCUCAAAUGGCUAAAUGAGGAAAAGAAGAUUUUUCAGAUUCCUUGGAUGCAUGCUGCAAGGCAUGGGUGGGAUGUUGAAAAAGAUGCACCUUUAUUUAGAAACUGGGCCAUUCACACAGGGAAGUACCAACCAGGCGUUGACAAAGCAGAUCCAAAGACAUGGAAGGCAAAUUUCCGAUGUGCAAUGAACUCCUUGCCUGAUAUUGAAGAAGUCAAAGACAAAAGCAUUAAAAAAGGAAACAAUGCAUUCAGAGUGUACCGGAUGCUGCCGUUAUCGGAGAGGCCGUCUAAAAAAGGAAAGAAACUCAAGUCAGAGAAGGAAGAAAAAAUGAAGCAAAUUAAGCAAGAACCAGAGGAAUCAUCUUGUGAACUAAGUAAUGGAGCAAGUCAGGGGUUUUCUGAUUACUGCUUAUCUUCCACAAUAAAAACAGAACUUGACAGUACAAUAAAUAUUGUAGUGAUAGGAGAUUCGCAUUUUGAGGGUGCUCCUGAUGACCAUAUGAUCGUUCCCAAUCCUCCCGAUGUUUGCCAAGUAGUGGAGGUGACAACAGAGUGUGACGACCAGCCCAGCAGUAUGAGUCAACUAUACCCACUACAGAUCUCCCCAGUCUCCUCCUAUGCCGAGAGUGAAACCACAGAUAGCAUCCCAAGCGACGAAGAAAAUGCACAGGGCCAGCUUCAGUGGCAAAAAGAAAACGUUGGCGGCAAACAGUACUAUAGCAACUUGGGGACAAGGAACCCCCCUUACCCACUUCCUGGCAUGGCUACUUUUGUGACUUCCAACAAGCCUGACCUUCAGGUCACUAUCAAAGAAGAAAGCUGCCCUCUGCCUUACAACAGCACGUGGCCUUCUUUCCCAGACCUUCAUCUCCAACAAAUCAUGUGCUCAGCAUCUACCAGUUACAGCAGCAGGCCUGACCAUGAAAACCGGGCAAGUGUCAUCAAGAAAACAUCAGAUAUUACUCAGUCACGAGUCAAGAGCAGCUAAGCUAUGAACUGGUCUGUUCCCACCUGAUUUUGUGUGUGAUGUCUUUGAGGAGCACAUCUAAUGUACAUUGAACAAAUCUAAGGGAAAAGCCUUUGCAACAUGAUUGUGUCCAACUCCAGUACUGGAGCGUUUCAAGCUCAGGACUCCAGCCAUCCGAAUGUAGACAAAAAGCCAAGAGGAAUUCCAAGGUCCCAGCCAAGGAAGAGAAGACCCACUUUGGUAGGUUCCAGUUCGUCUUCAAGAGGACCAACAGCCCCCACAAAUGGAGUCGCUGCACUUUUGCAGUCAAGGCCACAGUGGAACUGAAAGCCUUGUAAUGGAAGAGAAAAUGUGAACUAGCUGGAUUAAAAAAUAUAUAUAUUGUAAAUAUGUACAUAGCGCAGUACUAGCAGUCGGCAGUCUGCUUUUGCACCUUAUUAAAAAGCACUUGCAAAAAAGGCCUUUCAUUACUUUGCUCUAAUUAUGGCACACCAGCAAUGCAGUCCGAUUUAGAGCUACUCCAGUCUAGCAGUGCAGUCCUAAACAGAAUAGCUAAACCCAUUGACUUCAGUGGACUUUGAAAAGU